UUAUCAUUUUCUCAGUAUUUUCUCUCCGAUUUUUCCGUCGUUUUUCUCGCUUCUCUAAAUGUUAAGAGUGUACGAUCCAUCACAGUGACCACCACGCAUAAAAGAAAAACACUAACCUCCAUCUUUUUCCUUACUUUGUCUUAUUCCUUUCCGUCGUUUCAUUUCCCCCAAAAAGCCAUGACGAAUCAGUCUCAUGAUGAUGACGAUGACGAUGAGCAGCUUCCUCGUUCGCUAUUCAGACUCGUUUCGCUUCCCCAAAAAACCAUGACGAAUCAGACUCAUGAUGAUGACGAUGACGAUGAGCAGCUUCCUCUUUCGCUAACCUUGGGCUCAACAUCGUAUUCCUCUCAGAUCCGUCCUGUGAAGUCACCGGUUCCUAUAGCUCCACCACCGGAAUUCCCUGGACCUGUGACAACGUGGCCAACACCUGCUGAUUUUCUGGCGACGCGGUCUAUGGUGCCUGAUCCCCCUCCGCCGUCUCAUCAGAUACCUUUAUGGAUGAGCAACUAUUUUCAACAGACACCGAAUCCGCCUCAGCUGGUUACUCAUUUCUUCCCGCCGUCAGGUUUAGCUCCACCUUCGUCAAAUCUAACUCCUCCGCCGGUGAAGAGACCAGUAACCGGUUCCGUUCGUAUUUAUAGAUCACGAUCAACCGUAAGUAAGAAAUCCGAUACGAUUUCUCCGCCGUUUCCAUGGGCGACUAAUCGCCGUGGGGAGAUACAAAGCCUUGAGUAUCUCGAAUCGAAUCAGAUCACAACCAUCACCGGAGAGGUACAAUGUCGACACUGCGAGAAAGUGUAUCAGGUUAGCUACAAUCUAAGGGAGAGAUUCGCUGAGGUUGUGAAGUUUUAUUUGACGGAGAAGAGGAAAAUGAGGGACAGAGCUCAUAAGGAUUGGGCGUAUCCAGAGCAACGGAGAUGUGAGCUUUGUGGCCGUGAAAAAGCUGUGAAACCGGUGAUUGCUGAACGGAAAAGUCAGAUUAAUUGGUUGUUUUUGCUUUUGGGACAAACGUUGGGUUUUUGUACAUUGGAGCAGCUUAAGAAUUUCUGCAAACAUUCCAAGAAUCAUCGUACUGGUGCUAAGGAUCGUGUUCUUUACUUGACGUAUAUGGGUCUCUGCAAGAUGCUUCAGCCUAAAUCUGACCUCUUUACCUGUGUCGCCGGAAAGCGGUGA